AUGGCUACCCCUAGCGUCCUUGUCUUUGAUGCUGAGGGUCGGGCUGUUGACUUUGAGGUCUGGGUCGAUGAUCUGCAGCUCUUCUUACAGUGCGAUAGGAAAGACGGUCUCUCACUGUUCGAUCUCACGUCUGGCGCCUCUCCUGCCCCUGCUGCCGAUGCUGACAGCACUGUUCGCUCCCAGUGGGCCACACGCGAUGCUGCUGCCCGUCUAGCUGUGCGUAGUCACUUGCCGUCCACUGAGCGCGCGCACUUUAGUCAGUACAAGAGUGCUAAGACCUUGUACGACGCGGUCAUUGCACGCUACUCUUCCCCUGCCACUGCUGCUCUUAGCCGCCUCAUGCUGCCGUACCUGGACCACUUCCUCUCUGUUUGCCCCACCACACUCACCGUUGACCUCCUCGAGGAGCGCCUCCUAGCAGCUGAGAAGAGCAUAGUAGCUGUAGGAGCCUCUCGUGGUGACCCUCGUGCCCCCUUCUUUGAGGGGUGCUCCCCCUCCCCUCUUCUGCCCUCUGUUGCCUCUGCUGCUGCCGUCGACUUCGUUGGCACCGAGUCGGUCGGCGCUGCGUCUGCUCCUAGCGGGAGACGCCGCACCGGCAAGGGCAAGGGGGGCAAGGGCGCUGGAGGGACUGGCGGGGGUAGUGGAGGUGGCGGUGGAGGCGGCGGAGGGAGUGGGGGUGGCGGCGGGAGUGGUGGCGGGGGUGGGGGCUUCGGUGGCGGCGGCGGAGGCGGAGGCGGCGGCGGCGGUGGCGGUGGGAGCAGAGGAGGUGGCGGUGGCGGCGGUGGCGGAGGUGGCGGCGGUGGAGGUGGAGCUGGUCGGGGUGGCUCUGCGCAGCGGGGCGGCUUCGGUGGUGGUCAGCGCCAGCAGCAGCAGCGCACUCGUAAGACCCCGCCCCCCCAGCAGCUUCGUGAGUGGUACGCUACGCGUCAGCGGGGUGGGGGUACUGGUCCUUGUGCCUACGUUCUGCGUACCGGCGACCGCACUGGUGAGCCGUGCGGUGGCCCGCACACCACCCAGCGCUGCUUCGGCCGCCUGACGGACGCUUGGCGUCUCCAGUUCCCUGACGCCACGGAGAUCCCCCGCUGGGGCGAGCUGCUUAGGUCGGGGGUUGCGAUCUUUGAUCUGGAUUAUGAUGCUAUUCUUGCUGCCAUGUAUGCUGUGUCUACUAGUGAUGAGGGUGACUGUUACCUGUGUGUUCCGCCUGAACCAGGCAUUGAGGCUGCUGCUCUAGGUGCUGGUGAGGCUGCUGCUCUAGGUGCUAGUGCGUUUGCUGCCCCAGGUGCUGGUGAGGCUGCUGCUCUAGGUGCUAGUGUGUCUGCGGCCUCAGGUGCUGGUGAGUCUGCUCUCUCAGGUACCACGUCGGCUCAGGCUGUACACACCUUCACCCUUGACUCGGGUGCUUCCCGCUCCUUCUUCCGAGACCGCACCACACUUACACCGCUUAGUCGGCCAGUUGCGGUCUCCCUGGCGGACCCCUCUGGGGGUCCUGUCCUUGCCCACUUCUCCACUGUCUUACCGUGUCCGGCUGCCCCCUCUGGUACCCUGUCAGGUCUCUACCUCCCCUCGUUCUCCACGAACUUGGUGAGUGGAGCUGAUCUACAGGAUGGGGGGGUUGACCAGUUCACCCCUGCGAGUCAGCGGGUGACCCACUAUACGUGUGCUCGGACGGGCCGCCACUUGGCCACGUUUACCCGUCAGCCGGGGUCGAGCCUGUACACACUGACCACUGGGCCUUCUCAGGCUGCUGAGUCUGGUCAGGUAGCUGCGUCGGGUCAGGUGUUUGCUGCAACGUCCAGGUCUGGUCCUGAGUCUGCUCCCUGCUCGUGUCGUCUCCUGUCCCACCAGACGCUCCUCUGGCACCACCGCCUUGGUCACCCCUCCCUGCCUCGUCUCCGAGGCAUGGCCUCCCGUUACCUUGUCUCUGGUCUCCCCCGGUCCCUCCCUCCCCUUCCUCCGGGGCCUGCCUCUACCUGCGUUCCCUGCGUCGAGGGGCGGCAGCGCGCCGCUCCUCACUCCUCUGAGUUUCCUCCGACAGAGGCUCCACUGCAGACUCUUCACAUGGACGUGUGGGGCCCCGCCCGCGUCCGUGGCCAGGGUCACGAGCGUUACUUCCUGUUGGUGGUUGACGACUACUCGCGUUACACCACGGUGAUCCCCUUGCGCAGCAACGGUGACGUCACUGGGGUGUUGAUCGACUGGAUCCGCGCAGCUCGUCUCCAGCUCAGGAGGAGUUUCGGCUCGGACUUUCCUGUUCUGCGUCUGCACUCUGACAGAGGCGGGGAGUUUUCCUCCGGCCUUCUGGGAGCCUUCUGCCGUGCACAGGGCAUCCGUCAGACGUACACGCUUCCGGCCUCUCCGCAGCAAAAUGGGAUUGCUGAGCGCCGCAUUGGCAUGGUCAUGGACGUCGCUCGUACGUCCAUGAUCCAUGCGGCUGCUCCCAAUUUUCUGUGGCCGUUCGCGGUUCAGUACGCGGCGCAUCAGAUCAACCUUCAGCCCCGGGUCUCCUUACCGGAGACCUCCCCCACCUUGCGGUGGACGGGGAAGGUUGGCGAUGCGUCUGCGUUUCGCGUCUGGGUAUCUCGGGCGUUUGUCCGCGACUUGUCUGCGGAUAAGCUGUCCCCCCGUGCUGUUCCCUGCGUCUUCCUUGGCUUCCCCCCUGACGCGCCUGGUUGGCAGUUUUACCACCCCACCUCGCGCCGUGUUCUGUCCUCCCAGGACGUCACCUUUGACGAGUCGGUUCCCUACUACCGUCUCUUCCCCUACCGCACUGCGCCCCUCCCCCCGCCGCCGCUCUUCCUUGCGCCAGGUCCCCCUCCGGUAGACCCUCUCCCCCCUCAGGGUCCUGCCCCGUCAGCCUGGGGGCGCUGA